AUGCACAAGAAUGGUGUAGGGCUCUUACUACCUAAAAGCAGCAAGAAGAGCUUACUGGAGUGGAAACCAGUCUCAGAACGGAUAAUAACCGCACGCUUUAAAACAAAUGUGCGAUAUGUCACUGUAAUUCAAUGCUAUGCACCUACUGAAAUAGCUAAAGGAGAAUUAAAAGAUGCAUUUUAUACAGAGCUUAACGGAGUUCUUAGACAGAUAAAUUCUAGGGACAUAAAAAUUUUAAUGGGUGACUUGAACGCAAAAGUUGGUUCAGAAAAUGAAGGGCUUGAACAUAUCAUGGGUGUGCAUGGCAUGGGGAUCAGGAAUGUAAACGGUGAACUGUUGAUAGAUACAUGCGCUCAACAUGACCUAGUCAUUGGAGGCACAUUGUUUCCACAUCGUAACUGCCAUAAGAUAACAUGGGUUUCUCCAGACCACGUUACCGAAAAUCAAAUAGACCACAUAGUCAUAAGUCGCAAGUUCCGACACUCUCUGUUAGAUGUCAGAAAUAGAAGAGGGGCAGACGUUGGAAGUGACCACCACCUAGUUUUAGCGGAAUUCAGACUGAAGAUAGUGGCAAAUAGAACCAAGCUCAAUCAUAGGUGCAAGAAAAUAGAGGUGGCAAGAUUAAAAGACCAACAGAUCAAAGAAACAUUUGCCCUUGAACUACAAAACAGAUUCCAGGUCCUCUCUGAAGAAAACUUUAUGGAAGAGGGAAUUGAAACGUGCUGGCAAAAAAUCGAGAACUGUUAUUUAGAUGUGGGAGAAAAAAUCCUAGGAUUUAAGGCACAUCAAAGGAAGGAAUGGAUCUCCGAUGCUAUGUGGAAUGAAAUCAGCCACAGGAAAGAACUAAAACUUAAGUUAAAUUUUUGUAAGACAAAAGCGCAGAAGAGCGAAGCGCAUAAAGAAUACAUGGAGGCAAAGAAAAAAGUGAAAACAUUGCUACGUCGAGAUAAAAGGAAAUGGAUAGAUGAGCAAGCAAAAUUAGCAGAAGAGGCAGCAAGACAAGGAAAUAUGAAAGACCUCUACAACAUUACCAAACGGUUGUCAAUGAAGAACUUCAGACAUGAAGGACCAGUUAAGAACAAGAAUGGUGUGAUGCUUACAACUCGACAGGCACAGCUACAGAGAUGGGAGGAGCCUUCAGGGAACUGUUAA